CCAGCUGUUUCCUGUCUACAGUGUCUGUGUUUUGUAGAUAAAUGUGAGGAUUUUCUCUAAAUCCCUCUUCUGUUUGCUAAAUCUCACUGUCACUGCUAAAUUCAGAGCAGAUAGAGCCUGCGCAAUGGAAUAAAGUCCUCAAAAUUGAAAUGUGACAUUGCUCUCCACAUCUCCCAUCUCUCUGGAUUUCUUUUUGCCUCAUUAUUCCUGCUAACCAAUUCAUUUCCAGACUUUGCACUUCAGAAGCAAUGGGAAAAAUCAGCAGUCUUCCAACCCAAUUAUUUAAGUGCUGCUUUUGUGAUUUCUGGAAGGUAAAGAUGCACAUCAAGCCCUCCUCGAAUCUCUUCUACCUGAUCCUGUGUUUGCUCACCUUCACCAGCUCUGCCUCUGCUGGACCAGAGACACUCUGCGGGGCUGAGCUGGUGGAUGCUCUUCAGUUCGUGUGUGGCGACAGGGGCUUUUAUUUCAACAAGCCCACGGGGUACGGCUCCAGCAGUCGGAGGGCACCUCAGACGGGCAUCGUGGACGAGUGCUGCUUCCGGAGCUGUGACCUGAGACGGCUGGAGAUGUACUGUGCACCCCUGAAGCCUGCCAAGGCAGCCCGCUCCGUCCGAGCUCAACGCCACACUGACAUGCCCAAAGCUCAAAAGUCUUCGUCCCCAUCUAUCAACAAGAAAAUGAAGUCCCAAAGGAGAAGGAAAGGAAGUACAUUUGAAGAACGCAAGUAGAGGAAGUGCAGGAAACAAGAAUUACAGAAUGUAGGAAGUCCUGAAGAGUGAAGAAUGAUAUAACACCGGCAGGAUCUUUUGUUCUGCACAAUUGUCUGUUGAACACCAGAAGACCUACCAAAAAAAAAAGUUUGAUAAUAACAAUGCAAAAGAUGGGCAUUUCCCCCAAUGAAAUACGCAAGUAAACAUUCCAACAUUGUCUUUAGGAGUGAUUGUUAAAAGCUUUGCACCUUGCAAAAAUGGUCUUGGAGUUGGUAGAUUGCUAUUGAUCCUUUAUCAAUAAUGUUCAAUAGAGAAAUAUAUAUGUAUAUACAUACUUAAAAUAUAUACAUAUAUACAUAUAUACACACACAUAUAUAUAUUUUAGACCCUGCCUCUCAAGAGCCACAAAGCAUGGGUGUUGUAUAGAUCCAAUUGCACUAAAUUUGUCUCUGAAUCUUGGCUAUUGGAGCCACUCAUUCAGCAGCCUUGUAUAAGUGGUUUAUUAAUUUUUUUAUUUGCACUUCUUUCUACACAACCACAACCUAUUUGUUUUACAAUGUCUAAUAAUCUUGUUUGUGUAUCUCCCUUCCCUCUCAUUGCCUUUUUAUUUGCCUAACUUGGCCUCCUCCAUAGCAGCAACAAGCAAUCAAAUAUUAUUACACCAGUCUAUGACCCACAAGACUCUAUCUGUGACAUUUGUACCAAAUAUAAAUUGGAUGCAUUUAUUUUCAACUCAAAGCUUUAUUUUUCCACCUCUUUAAAAAAAAAUGUAAGUGGUAGCAACUUUGAGGCCAAUCAUUUUUAGGCAUGUGUUUUAAGCAUAUAAAAGUCUUAAACUUUCCAUUGUUCCAUCCAAUAUGUUUUUAUGCAACAUAAUUAGUAAGUUUUCUUUCUCUUUAUGUUUUUCCAUAUAAAGCACUAUGUAAAUUUAGCAUAUCAAUAAUACAGGAUAUAUCAGCCGUAUGCAAAACUCUGUUUUUUAGUACAAUGGUGCUAUUUUGUAGUUUGUUAUACGAAAGAGUCUGGCCAAAAUGGUAAAAGGAGAAAGCAAAAGCAAAGGGGAAUCCUGGAGCCAAAGAUGCCACAGAGGGGAAGGGGACUGAGAAUCCGCUCAAUGGGGAAAGAAGAUCAAUUUUUCCAAUUAUGCCUUCUUAGGAAAAUGUAAGGCACAAAGAUCAUGGAUAUGAAUUUAUGGGCGAGUCCAGAGAGGAGUAGAAAAAGCAGAAUGCCAGGAAUUUUAAUACUUCUGGUUUCUUUCUCUCCCUGGAGAAACAAAUCUGCUGAUUCUGCCACAGACACACUUCUGUGUGACCUUGGACAAGUUAUUUCACCUCUCUGUGCCUCAGUUUUCUCUUCUGCAAAAUAGGGGCAAUAUGCCAUCUUCCUACCUCACCAGGGUGGUGUGAGGAUGAAGAAUAUAAAGUUCCAGAUGUUUACCCUGGGUUGCUUAGAGAGUGCAAGGUCAGAGUAAUUGAGUUGUUGGGAUGCAAGGAAUUCUACAAAUAAUCCACUGACAGGUUCCUGGGAAAUUGCAUAGCUGAAAGUCCCUGACUUGGCCUUUUUGUCAACACAGGUGACCAGUUGUUAAAUGACAAUAGCUCACACCUCACUUAAUACACUUUCAAAAUAAACUAGAAAACUGAUUCACAAUUUGAUUUUGAACUCUGCAUUCGGAUUUAGGAGUACAAAGUAGAGAGAGAGAAAUGGGAAAAGAAAAAAGAGAAAAGCAAAAAGAUUUCUACCAGCAAAAGGGUGAUUAACUAACUGCUGACGCUAUCACUCGCUUAGACUCUUCUUGGCAGUUGUAAAUUAGUAAUCCUUUUUCAAUUAUAAGUGAUACACUAUUCAUUUUGAAAUGCAGUCACCAUUUCUCUUAGGUCAAGUGGAAAAAGUCCCAAUAUUUUAAAUGUUAAACAAAUAUCUAGUAAAAAUUCAGUUUCUUUAAUAAAAUUUUCUCUUAUAUAUAUAUAUAUAUAUAUACAUAUAUAUGCACAUAGUAUUGUAGUUGUUAAAAUAUGCUUGACUACAGUUGCUAGUUGAAAGACAAAAUUUUCCUCCACAACUAGAAAUUUCCCCUCCUGUGUCCUUACAAGAGGGGCUCCUUGGCCUUCUGUGGGUAUUUUUUUAUUCACUCAAAGAAAAAUUGAUAUCCAAAAUCCAAUGAUGAAGAUUGGCCCAUCGCGGCCACCCAAGUGUCUAUGGAUCAAGAUUUUCUCAUUAGAACAAUGAAUCAUCUGUCAUUCAGAUCUUUUUUAUCAAUCUUAGAACUUUUCUGUUUUUUUAAAAAAAAAUACCUCCCCUGGGGUUGAUUACCUCAUGCACAUUUUAUCCCUUUCAUUCUUGGAAAGUGUAUAUGGAAAACAAAAUCAACAUCUUUAGUUUUCAUCCCACUGGCUCACCUCAAGGUUCAGAGGCCAGAAAAAGGAAAGGAAAGAAACUUUCUGGCUCUCUGCAUACUGCAAAAUGAAGAGCUCAUUUAGUGGGGCCCCUGCUCAGCCAGCAAGCAUGUUAACCCUAUUACUGCCAAGUUCCCUAUACAGUGUUCUGGCCACUGCCAACAGAAGUAAGAGAAACCUUGUAAUGUUUGCCCUUCACUUGUUUUCCAGAGAGAGGGGUUUAGUCCAAGGAUAUGCUGGACCUCACUGUGUGAUGUCUUGUCUCAGCCUUUUAAAAUAACAAACUCCCAGCAACACUUCACAGGCAAUCAAGGAUACUUGUGGGUUUCUGUAGUUAGAGAAAGUAAUUCUAAGGUGUUUUUGACUUAUUUUUUUCAUUUAGUGAUUCUAUUCACAGCCAAAAAUGUCCCAGUAAGAAAGCUAAAAUGUGUUAAGCUGAAUUAUCUUUCUUAACUUUUCUUAAAACGUGAUCCUCUCCGACUGAAUAAAAAGUCAACUAAUGAAAAACGUACUGAUUAUACUAAGCCACUAUCUUAUUUUUAAAAAGCUCAAAGAAGCUAAUGUGUGGCAAACUGUAACUGUCACUUGCUUGCUCCUAACAUUACCACAGCAGGAUAAUCCAGGAUUGGUGGGCUGGAGCACCUAAAAUUUUAUAGCUUAAACAACUUUAUAAGCUUUGCUUUGGAAUUAUAUUGCUUUAGAUUUUUUAAAUGCUGCAUUUUUUAAAAAAUGUUGAUAGAAAAAGCUGAAAAUGCUGGUAAGGUUGAGAUUUCCAUUUCUAGUCUUAGUCCCCAUUAAAUUAAUGAUAUUGACUCCCUACUUUAGAUUUCUGUUCUCACUCCCCCAAAUUAUGUAACAAUUAUAUCUGAACAGUUUUGUAUAGGGAGACUCCCAUAAAAAUGUUAAAACAUCUAUUAUAAACCACUCUUCUAUUGAUAAAGAAAACUGUCACAAUGCCUGCCCUCCGCAUACACACACACACACACACGUGCACUUACUUCCACACUUGCACUCACAGAAGUACUCAUCCGAACAGUCCAAUGAAGUCUUAGAAUAAAUCACUUCCUCGAUAUAUCUUAAUUUUAAAAAAAAAAUGAAGCAGAAGAAAAACCUGACUUCCCUUGAGAAUCCUUCCCUCUUUGGAAUGUCAAAGUUUGUAUUGAUGAAAUUAUCCCAUGCACUGUGGUGGCUCCAGGAUUUCUGAUCCUAGUUUAUGCACUUGGGAGGAUAUUGAAAAUGAAAGAUGUAGCACAUUUUGCUUUCCCAUUUAUUGUUUGGCCAGUUAUGCCAAUGUGGUGCUAUUGUUUCUUUAAGAAAGUACUUGACUAAAAAAAAAAGAAAAAAAGAAAAAAAGAGAAAAAAAGGAAAAUUGAAAAAAAAGAAAGCAUAGACAUAUUUUUUUAAAGUAUGAAAAACAACAAUUCUAUAAAUAUAUGGCUUAAUAAAAUAUCAUUAAGUCUAGCCACCACCACCUUUCAACAUUUUGUCACUCACAAGUGGCAACACUAUUCACCAAAUUGUGAGUUUGGGGGUGUCGGGGUAAAAGACAGACAAUUUUUAAAAUUAGAAGUCUCCGUUAUUUUGUUGGCUCCAAAACAUGUCAAAUUUAGCAAUCUAUUAUCCAAUUGAGCACCUUGAUCAAGAGCAUGGAGUAUAAAUGGAAAAAAAAAAGAAAGAAAAUGACCUUAAAGGCAAACAGUGAACAGAAAAAGAUGAUUAGGUUUCUUGUUGAUUUUUGUAUUCUCUGCUCUAAGACAGAUAGUUAGCAAGUGGAGAAAAUUAAAAAAAAGAAACAAUAGAUAAUUUCACCUGCAAACAGACAAAACCAGCUUCUGCCACAUCCUCAUUGACUAAUUCUUUGGCAUUUGCUAGUUUAUAGAAGAUGUUCUCCUUUCAUGUAAACAUCUCAAAGAACAGUUGUUCCCAGAAAAAAAAGCAAUCACUAGUCUCACUGGGAAAUGCUGGGAAGUGUUUCCCUCUGAGAUCGCAGUUACCCAUUGAUAAGGAAAGAGAAGAAUUUAUGAGAAAUUGUUGAAAGAAAUUGUUGGCUAACAAUCUGUGAAGACUUUUCUGUUUCAUUUUUUAUUGGGGGGGCGUUUUUUUUUACUUUUUACAGUCUUUAUGAAUAUCUUAGUGUUCAAACCUGACUGGUUUUUUUUUUAUAUUGGAAUAAGGAAUGAUAAGUUAAACCCACAUAGACUCUUUAAAACUAUAGGCUAGAUAGAAAUGUAUGUUUGACUUAUUAAUGCUAUAAUCUGACUAUUUAAAGCAUUUUUGCUAGUUUUCAUCUUAAAAGAGUGUACUAAUUUAUUAGAGCACAUCCUCCUCAGCUCUGUUCCCACCUAAAUUACCUGAGCUUUUCCACCAGUGUUUUCAAAAAGUAAAUCAAAUUUAUUCACUAUGGAAUAAUUUCCUUGAUUUAAAAUACACUUGUGACUCUUUCUGUCCCUCUCCUACAGUCAUCAAAAAAGUCAGAAUCUGAGGGGACAAAAUGAAGAGGAAAAUUUUGUUGAUUCUUUGUUUGGGAUUUGUUUGUUUGUUUUCCAUGCUAGUGUUUAAUCCUGUAGUACAUUAUUGCUUCUUGCUAUUUUAAUAUUCUAAAAGUCUUUCCUGUUAGGUAUUAGAAAGACACAUAAAUAUCUUUUUUGUGUGUGAUAUAUAUUUAAAAAUAAAAAGAGAUGUGAAGACUGAAGCUUUAAGUGCGUAUGGUACAGGAUAAAGGUAUCCAUUUAAAUAGCCAAGUCCUAUCUGGAAGAAUUCUUUUUUUAAAAAAAGUCUCUUAGUUAAUAUGGUGGCAUAGGGGACUUUUGAAACUGUCUUUAUUCCUUCCAGCCUUUAUUCAUGUAUUAUAUGCCUCAAAUUUUUUACAUAGAGCUGACCAAUUUGAAACUGAAAUCAAAAGGGGCCUCUUUAAAAACAUACAGCUCACACUCUGAUAAAAAUAUACAGCUCACAUGUUCACUGUUCAUUGGUGAUGCCACAGUGAUCUUAAACUGGUCCCUCCUUUUCCCCAUUAUCUAAUGUCAUUGAUACUGUCUUCAAAGAAAAAGUUUAAUUUAGACAGAAACACAAAGUUUAAAUGAAGCCUGAUGGAGAACGUUCACUGAAUCACCUGUCACUUUCAAAACAACCUUUCAAGAUCCUUCUCCUUUUGAAAAUCUCUCUCAGGCCUACUAUACCCUAAAA